CUUGUCACUGACUGUGCAGGCAGAGAAUGAAUGUGAGCGGCUAGCCGGCUGGUGGCUUCGGCAAUGUUGUUGUCACUAUCAGAAUGAUAUCGCAGCGGGACAGAGGAGAACUUGCUCGGUUUUAUACUGUCACGGACCCCAAAAAGCACCAGAAAGGCUACACUGUGUACAAAGUUACCGCGAGGAUAAUCUCCAGGAAGAACCCCGAGGAUGUCCAAGAGAUAACGGUAUGGAAGAGAUACAGUGAUUUCCGGAAGCUACAUCAGAAUCUCUGGCAGCUGCACAAGAAUGUGUGUAGCCAGUCCGAGCUGUUUCCUCCCUUUGCUAAGGCCAAAGUCUUUGGUCGUUUUGAUGACUCAGUGAUUGAGGAAAGAAGACAGUGCUCUGAGGAUCUCCUACAGUUCUCUGCUAAUAUCCCUGUUCUUUACAGUAGUCAGCACAUCCAGGAUUUCUUCAAGGGAGGUGAGGUUCACGACGGCUCAGAGCUCAUUGGACCAGCUGAGCCCUUUUCUGACUUCCUGGCUGACAGUUUAUCAGACUGUAGCUCUGAUGUUCAAAGAGACAUCAGUGGUGCAGAUGAUUUGACUAUCACAUCCGAGUAUGGAGGUCCGUCCAGUGACAGCGACCUGACCUCCCUGGCUGUGGAUACGGACUCUCUGGCUGAGUUGGAUGAUGGCAUGGCCUCAGGUCGCACCUCCCCAAACCAGCCACAAGGGGGAGACACCAACAUUAGUAGUAGCUGCAGCCCACGCUUGCCUUCACUGCAUGACCGCCGCACUCCAUCUCCUGCCCCAGUCCCUGCCUCCUCCGCCCCUAACCCAGAGGUCAGCUGGCCAGGUCGAACGCCGCUCUUCUCCGGCGGUCUGAAGAAAGCCAGAGGUGGCGACCCGAAGGACGUGAAGUCAGACUACCUAGACAAAGCCAGCGAGCUCAUCUGUUUCGCUGUACAAAAGGAAAAAGAACAGGAUUACCAGGCAGCUUUUUCGUACUACCGCAGUGGAGUUGACUUGCUGCUGCAAGGAGUGCAAGGUGAGCCCAGUGCCACGCGACGGGAGGCAGUGAAGAAGAAGACUGCUGAGUAUCUGAUGCGUGCUGAACAGAUCUCCAGUCAGCAUCUGAAAAGCAACAUGGGUCAAGGCUCAACACAGACUGUGGCCUUUGGGGCUCAGUGCUGCGCUUCCACUAGCAGAGGAGGGCAGCAGAGUCCGUCUGAGGAGCUGAGAGCUUACAGGGUGUUAGGAGUCAUAGAUAAGGUUCUUCUGGUCAUGGACAAGAGAACACAAGAGACGUUCAUCCUGAAAGGUCUGAGGAAGAGCAGUGACUGUGGGCGGACUAAGAGGACCAUCAUGCCUCACUCCGUGCCCCACAUGGUGCAGCUGAGAAAGUUCAUCGUAUCCGAAGACGCGGUUUUCCUUCUGCUGCAGUACGCCGAAGGUGGGAAGCUGUGGUCUAACAUUGGAAAGUACAUGCGCAAUUCCAGUCCAGACGAGAGCUUCGACAUUCCUUUCAUCCAGAAGAGCCACACCACGGCCGUACACUGUCCACAGCACAUUAUACCACACUUUGACGCAGAUUCAGCCAGUUGUGAUUCAGGGCCUGUUGCUGGUUCAGAUUCUGCAUCUGAGCUGCGGAAGGAAGAAGAGAAUCCCACCGUGUCUCCUCUGAAGAAGCUUCUCCCUCCCAGGCUGCUCGAACAAACGGGGACCCAGUCCGAUUCUGGAGCCACCUCUGAAGAAGAGUGCACCAACAGUUACUUGACGCUUUGCAAUGAGUACGAACAAGAGAAAGUGGAACCGGAUGCGCUGGAGGAGGAGGAAGAGAAGAGUGAACAGGAGAUGCUGUCAUUGGAGGUGCCCAACGCUACGACCACCACGUCCUCGCGAAGUCGCUCUCUUCUUAGCAACGACAGCCUCUCUUCACCCAUCAGUUCUCAGGAGCAUGGCUUCUUCAGCGAGUUGUCUGACAAAAGUGGCUGCACCCACGACAAUGAACGUGGUGAAGGACAGGAUCAUGGUGAAGUCUUUAGUCCUUUAUGUUCCCCUGCUGUGCCUAUGUCGCUGGAUCAGUCCAAGCACACACCCAUGGAGUUUUUUAGAAUUGACAGCAAAGACAGUGCCAGCGAGGCGACCUGCGUCGACUUAGGAGAGAGGCACUCUUCUAAUGCGCAGGUUCCCCUCUUUUCUACGUCUGACCUGGGCUCCGACGUUACUGAGGAUCUUCCAGAGCUGGCUCAGGAGGUCAAAGGCCCCAACUUGGAGUUUUGGGGCUUGGACUGUAGUGAUAAAGGCUCCAAUGAGUCUGUGCCAGUCAUCUCGUUUAAAGAAGCAGUAGUCGAGGACGAAGGUCACCCACCAGACCUUUUGGUCAACCUUCCUGUAAUGAGUGGGACUGUAGACUCUCUACAGGAGGAAUUAGAGACUUCAGGAGUGUGUCUGGGCCUCGAGGUCACAGCGUCUCCUCAGAAGUUUAUCCAGCCUGACGUUUUACAGCUUCACAGUCAGCCUGAGGACGAGGAGGAGCAGCCGCAGGAGCUGUCAUCUUUAUGCAUAGCCUCUGCAACUUGUGACACAAGUGCUGCAUCUACUUCUCCUUUCAACUCACUCUGGGACGACUACAACCUGGCGUUUGGACAAGAGGCCUCUGACAAAAUGUUUGAUCACCCUGAAUGCCAAAAUAAUGACCUCCCCCUUGAUGCAGGCAUCCCAGAUAGUGAUUCCCGUAGUGACAAACUAGAGCCCAAAACAAGCGAAAACACAGACUUGGUUCCAAACCCCAGUGGCAACAGCACAGGCUCCAUCCCAGCCAUAAAUGGGGCUGAGGCCAGUGCAGUGGUUGAGAGUUUAUUAGGUCUUGAUGGUGAAUCAUCAAGAGUUAUUAGUGACACAGGUGGCAGUGAAUUUGAUAAAGAAGUGUCGCGGCUGUUUGCAGAGCUGGACGAGCUGUCGUUGGCUGCUUCCCAAGCUCGUAUCCCGGAGGAGUUUGUACGAUGCUGGGCAGUAGAGAUGGUGACAGCCCUGGAUUCUCUGCACCAAGAAGGCAUCAUCUGCCGGGACCUAAAUCCCAACAACAUCCUGCUUGACCACAAAGGUCACGUUCAGCUCACUUACUUCUGUAGCUGGAGUGAUGUGGAGGAGUCCUGUGACAAAGAGGCCAUCGCCAACAUGUACUGUGCACCAGAGGUGGGAGGUAUCGGCGAGGAGACGGCGUCAUGCGAUUGGUGGAGUUUGGGCGCCAUCCUGUUUGAGCUCCUGACGGGCAUGUCUCUGCUGCGCUGCCAUCCAGCAGGAAUCGGUCGGCACACGGCUCUCAACAUCCCCGAGUCUGUUUCAGAGGAGGCCAGAUCUCUGCUGGAGCAGACCAAAGAACUACAGACUCCUCACAACCUGCUCAAACUCUUGGUACAGGACCUCACCACACGGGUCAAGAAGGUUUCUGUCUCAUUUCUACUCUGAAGCUCACCUUCUCCUGCUCAAACUGCUGACAAAUGUUUCUGCUGCUCUAAAGUCUGGUCUCCAGAACUUCCUAAAAACUCUCAAAGUCUCUUCUGCUGCAGGUUGCUUUGUAGAACUGUUCCAGAAAACCUCACUAAACCACAUGGAGGGGCCUCAAGAUAGUCGUCCAAAUGAAACUGUACAAAAACCAAACUAGCACAACCCAAACGCUAAAGUCUCCUGCAGCCUACCAGAGAAGCUCUGAGAACAGAGAAUCAGGACAGGAACUCUUACCUUCUGGACAACCAACGUUGGUUCUCAAACAAGAAUACAGAAUGUGUCUGACCAGAAACCUCUAAAGACUCACUACAGCCAAGAUAAAGACACAACUCAGCUGUACCAAAUCCACUAAUCACUGCACACAUUAGCACCAUGUGCUAACUGUGGCUAAAGAACCACAUUUACCAAGACAACUAUCCAGUACAAAGCCCUAAAACACACCAAGAAACACAUUAAAGACGAUUUUACUGCUGGAAGCUGCAAGCCAACACCUAAAGAACACACUAAAGCAAUGGAGCCAAACCCGGUUCAGUGGUGAACAGAAGCAGAGGAAAUGUUUGUCUGCUGCCAGAUAAAGCAGGAAGACACUGAGCUGCUCAGGUGUUCCUGAUAACACCAAGCAGCCACCUGGACAGCCAAUAGGAACACAGCUUCCUGGAAGUCCAGAGGGCUGGCUUAGUGAAGGAAAUUUAAUUUAAAGUUGAAGCAGAAAGUUAACAAAGAAAGUUGAAAACCACCUUCUGAUACCUGAAAUCUCUGAGUUUUCACACAAAGAAUACCUGAACAUGUCAAACUGGUUCCAUAGUAGAACCAUCAUUGUAAAAACGUCAUAGUAUGGUGUGUUGCUCAAAAAACAUUAGGACCCGGCUGUCUAGGGUCGCCGAGAAGCAACACAAAAACAGGACAAACGCUGGUUUCCAGGGGGUUAGGAGGAUAUUUAUUUGAAAGAGUAAGUUUACAACAACACAUGUGAGCAGAAAAAUCACAAAGUCUGUCUUUAGUUCAGCUGAAAAUAUUAGUUUUUGUCUUUUUUAUUGACCAAAAUUUUCAGGAAGUAGAUGAAGAAUAAUUAAAGCUCUCAUGUAGAAGUCCAACUUAUUUUGGAUCCUUGUGGAGAGUUUAAUCUUAGAGUUUGUAAAGCUGUUGAGUUUUUAGAGUCACAUGGAUUGUUUUGAAAUUUAAUAACCGAGUCCUGAAAUAAAAUUACAGUUGUGGAUUUCUGUCAUUUAGUCUGUCAUUUAGGUUUUCUUUGAAAAAAAAAUCAUCAUGAAUUUUGGCGCAAAAAAAACGCCAUAGUAUACUAUGUCUAAAAAAAAAUGCGAUUUUUCAACAUGUUGUAAAAACGUGCCAUAUGAUGAAAUAAUGUAAAGGACGCUGUGAAAAACACUCCAGAAAAGUUUUCUUAGGAAAAAAAAUCAUCAUGAAUUUUGGCGGAAAAAAAAGCCUUAGUAUACUAUGUUGAAAAAAAAAUGCGAUUUUUCAACAUGUUGUAAAAACGUGCCAUAUGAUAAAAUAAUGUAAAGGAGGCUGUGAAAAACACUCCAGAAAGGUUUUCUUUGAAAAAAAAAUCAUCAUGAAUUUUGGCGGAAAAAAACGCCAUAGUAUACUAUGUCACAACCUUGGCAAACUUAUUUUGAUCAGUUUUUUUAUUGGAAGUCACAAAUAAAGGAGCUCUUGGUUUUUCCCAG